AUGAUAGUCAAAGUUAAUGCGAAAACAUUUCUGGCAACAGGGAAGUGGUUACUAACACUUAAGAACAACAAGAAUAUUGCCAAUUAUAAUGCUACACAAGCUAUAAAAUGGAGAUUUAAUCUAUCAAGAGCCCCUUGGUGGAGAGGUUUGUUUGAAAGAUUGAUUAGAAUAACGAAGAAAAGCUUAUCCAAAACUAUUGGUAAAGGGAUGCUUAGUUUCAAUGAAUUAGAGGAAUUAUUUUUGAAUGUUGAGUGCUCGAUGAACAAUAGGCCACUUUGUUAUCAAAGUGACAAGUUUGACAAUCAAGUAUUGACACCUAACGUAUUAAUGAGGGGAAAACCUGCAAUAUUGCUUGAAGAAGGUAUUGCUUUAAUUACAAAAGGGGAAUGUGCAAACGGAGAACCAAGUUUAUGA